ACAAAUAACCCUAUCAUGCUACGAAGGUCAACGGUAUCAGUACAAUUCCAUGUACUUGUACAUCACUCCGUACAUUCAUUUCGUUCGAGUACUUAAGUGCGAAGGUAGUGAAUUUGCUGCUGCGUCUCGAAAGGCAAGAUGGAUCAACUCUUCUCCAUUGAAAAUCCCCUGAUGAGGGCGUACACCUUCUACAACAGCAUAUUAUGUCUGAAAAUGCUUGCUAUGUCAGUCCUGACAGCUUCUCAGCGUAUGAAAAAUAAGGCCUUCGCAAAUCCGGAAGAUGCGAUCAUGCAGAAAACUAAGCCCAAGGUGGAUGAAAACGUCGAACGUGUCAGGAGGGCUCAUCUGAACGAUUUGGAAAACAUUUGCGUUUAUUUCGUGGCCAGUUUCGGUUAUCUGCUGACCAAUCCUUCUGUCGCCGUUGCGACUAUGCUCUUCAGAGUUUUCACGAUCUGCAGAAUCGCUCACACCUUGGUCUACGCUGUUGUAGUUAUCCCACAGCCGGCUCGUGCCAUCGCAUGGGGUGUUCCAUACUUCAUCACUAUUUACAUGGCCAUCAAAACCGCCAUGCACUUUGCUCUUUAAAUUCCAGAAGCAUUGAUUUUUUUUAAAUAAGGAUUUUUUAUACCUAAUAUCAUAGCAAAUAAAUUAGAAUCUGUUGAGAAAAAAUA